GGGAAUGUCACGGGGUGUGCCUCGGGGCGAGGAGCGGUGACAGUUGCCGCGGGCCGGCUCCGCCUCUUCGCCGGGGGCUCCGGGCCGAGCAGCAGCAGCGGCGGCAGCAGCAGAUCUAUAGCAGCAUCCCUGAAGUCAAUAAUGCUUUCCAAGCUAACCCGCUCCCAGAGCAUCGCUGUUCUCUGUCGAGGUGUUCACGCUUCGCUCAGUUCUGCCACCUCAGUUGCAACUAAAAAAACCAUUCAAGGACCUCCAUCCUCUGAGUUCAUAUUUGAACGUGAGGCUAAAUAUGGGGCCCACAAUUAUCACCCACUACCUGUUGCUCUGGAAAAAGGAAAAGGUAUUUACGUGUGGGAUGUUGAAGGUAGAAAGUAUUUUGACUUUCUGAGUGCUUACAGUGCUGUUAAUCAAGGCCACUGUCACCCAAAGAUCGUGAACGCUCUGAAAACUCAGUCUGAAAAACUGACCCUUACCUCCAGAGCGUUCUACAAUGAUGUGCUUGGUGAAUAUGAGGAGUUUGUCACCAAAAUGUUCAAUUAUAACAAAGUUCUUCCAAUGAACACAGGAGUGGAAGCUGGAGAAACUGCCUGUAAGCUGGCUCGGAAGUGGGCAUACAUUGUGAAAGGAGUUCCAAAGUACAAAGCCAAAAUUAUUUUUGCAGCUGGCAACUUCUGGGGCAGAACAAUGUCUGCAAUCUCUAGUUCUACUGACCCAUCCAGCUAUGAUGGAUUUGGACCCUUCAUGCCAGGUUUCGAAGUGAUCCCAUACAAUGAUCUACCAGCUCUUGAGCGGGCUCUUCAAGAUCCCAACGUAGCAGCUUUCAUGGUUGAACCCAUUCAAGGUGAAGCAGGUGUGGUUGUUCCUGACAAAGGUUAUCUCACAGGAGUGCGGGACCUCUGCACAAAACACAAUGUUCUAUUUAUUGUUGAUGAAGUACAGACUGGUUUAGCCAGAACAGGGAAAAUGCUAGCUGUUGACCAUGAAAAUGUGAGACCUGAUAUAGUUCUUCUUGGAAAAGCCCUUUCUGGUGGCUUAUACCCCGUCUCAGCAGUACUAUGUGAUGAUGAAGUUAUGCUGACCAUUAAGCCUGGUGAACAUGGAUCUACAUACGGAGGAAAUCCUUUAGCUUGCCGUGUUGCAAUGGCAGCACUGGAGGUAAUUGAAGAGGAAAACCUGGCUAAAAAUGCAGAAAUAAUGGGUAACAUACUAAGAAACGAGCUCAUGAAGACACCAUCUGAUAUUGUCACUUGUGUACGAGGAAGAGGACUAUUAAAUGCAAUUGUAAUUCGGGAAACCAAAGACUACGAUGCCUGGAAGGUGUGUCUGCGGCUUCGUGAUAACGGACUUCUUGCCAAACCUACUCAUGGUGAUAUCAUCCGGCUGGCACCACCCCUCGUCAUUAAGGAGGAUGAAAUCAGAGAGUGCAUCGAAAUAAUUCAUAAGACCAUUCUGUCUUUCUGACCACGUGGCUUUGCAAGUGUAUCUGCUGACUGACCCAAGGUGGUGCGUGGAAAUAAGUGCGAUGAAGGCCUGUUCUUGAAGCAAGCAUCUCUCGUUCCUUUUAUCCAAGAGGACUUGACUCUUAAAACGUAGCUAUGCCCUUAAAUUAUAAUAGCUCGGAAGAAAAUACAGAAUGAUUCUAAAGAGUUUCCAGUUUAAAGAGUUCCCAAACUUGGUGAGGUUCUGUUCAUCUAGUUUUGUACCUACUGAAGAGUUAAGUCAGAAUGUUUGAGGGGAGAUAUCUAUAGAAAUCUGUUCAAUUGUUCAAAGUCUUGGCCAAAGUUUGAAGUGUAAUUUAUAUAUAUAUAUCAUACUAAGGGUGAUCUUGCACUCUCAUCCCUGCCUGUUGCAGGGGGUUGGAACUAGAUGAUCUUUAAGGUCCCUUCCAACCCAAACCAUUCUAUGGUCCUAUAUCACUCUCCAAAACGUCACAUGUGGCAUUUCUGCCCCUUGGUGAGGUGUCUAUAGGAUGGAAGCACUUGUAUUAUGGAUGAAUCUCUGUUUCACAUUUACAGCUAGACAAAACUUCUAACACUGAAGGUCUCUCAAACUGGGUGUUGUGCUGGUGAACCUCAGAAGCAUCAAGCUGUGUUCUGUAUGUACGAUAUUUUGAUUGUCUGACAAGAGAUGCUGUUUUCAAGCCUGGCCUCAGUGUUUGGCUUUGCAAUCUUGUAAAAUAAACCUGAGCAUAUAGAUGGGUUUAUACUGUUAUAAAACUUCCUAUAAUCUCAAUGUUUAUAUUAAACCAUGCCUUGCAUUAUUAAAAAAGUUAAUGUGCAAUUAAAAUACACAGUGUGUUCAAAAAAGAAGCAAGCUCUACAGAAACUUGUAGUUGCCUCUGUCCAAAGCCAGAGCAAGCACUGCCUUUGCAGUCUAUGAAUUUCUAUCAGUCUCUAUACGGCAGCUUCUGCUGUGCUUUUUUUACAGGGUGAAUGCUUCUGCACUUCUGUGCCUUUGGAUGCUGCCAAUGUGGUAUUCUAUAUGAAAUUGUGGAGUUGGCUGCUAUUCCUGUCCUAGGUCGCUUGUAUUUCUUAACUGAGUUGGGUUUAGCUGAGACUAAACCCUGAUUAAUCACUGUUAAUGCAAAACGUUCCCUUUGCCAAGCAUAGGGAUUAAAUGCAGUCACAUGUUUGUAAUAGGAAGUGGUAAAUAAUCCCUUGGUAUUUUAAAGGCACCUUGGUUUGUGGAAAUGAACCAAGCUGCUGGUUCGGGGCACAGAGGAGUUUACCCUACCUGGUUUUGAGUGAGAGAAAAUGAGCACUCAUCUGCUGUGGAUGAGGUAACACUGAUUUCAGUUUGGAAAGGCCUUGUUGUUGCAAGGGGUGAUGUGUCACUGUGACUGUUAGUCUUAGGAAUAAGGAAAAACUGCCAAGAGGUGUUGCUUAGGAAGGUGGGCAUUUCUGAAAGCUGUGCUUAGGUAUUCCGAUUGAAAAGGAGUGAAAUAACUGAAGGAAACCAUAAUGUAAACAGCAUUUGCUGGAGUCCUUUCAGAGACCAAAAGGUAAACCCCAGGUUCCAGUUACAGCUCUGUCGUUGUUUGCUUAAUGGCCUGAAAGGGCUGGAGGGCAGAAGACCCCAGUCUGUGUUUUAGUGCUGCCCUGCCCUUAUUGUUAGCAAGUCUCCUACCAUGUUCUCCAUCUGUCUCUCUUGCUGCCCAUUUAUCGAUUCCAUCGUCAGGCACCAAAGAACAGGUUAUCUUCCUUCUGUGCAACAGCCUUUUACAUACCUAAAGCUUGUUUCAGUCAUUGCUCCUUCUCUGCUUAAAAUGACAAUUCUCUCCUGAGGAGUAAUGUUUCCUAGAGCCCUGGCUGUUCUCCUGCUGUGAUUCACUGCUCCAGCCGUGCCCUCACUAAUGCCGAGCAGAGCAGGACAAGUUCACAUGGCCUGUAUGCUGUACUGUACUUUAUGCCCCAGUACUGUGGUUUGGGUUUUCCUGCAGUAGCAUAUUUUUAUCUCUGACUGUGUUCCCAGACUCCCUUUUUGUGCAAACAGUUCUGAAGAACAGUUUGAAGCUGUUUCCCACCCCAGUUUUCAUUUGUGCAAUAAGCAAGAAUUACGGGCAUGUAAAAUUCUGUGGUCUGAUGUACUGAUGUUCAUUUUCUGUUAUUGAGAGUAUUUCUCUAGGUUCUGGUAUUCAAUUUGAGCUCUAAUCUUGUCCAAGCCACUUUCUGGUUGCAGAUUUACUAGGCCAAGACAGCUUAAAACUUGAAGUUUUUCUACAGCAGGCCACUGCUGACUGAUCUCUGGGCUUUUUAUUUGUCUUAUGUUUGCUUCAUGAACCCAAUUUCUCUGCCAGCUAAUGAACAUCAAGGUAUGUAUAAGCCUUUCUGAAGACAAGUCAAAAACUGUCAUCCUAAAUUGCCCUUAUUUAAUGACAGGGUAAUUGAGAAGUUUGCUGUUUUAACCUGAAGGUUCUCUGCCUUGCUCUCAACCCUGUGUUGCUCCCAUAGGGAGCUACCUGUGUGAGGAAGGUAGGUGCAUGUUACCUGCCUCAGCAGCUCAGAAAUUCAGGAACAGGACAGACAAUGACAGUCCCUGGGGCUCAUAGGCAUCCUCAGACCCUGAUUACAUGUUUCAGGUGGCCAGAGCAAGGACAAGGGUGUAUGGCUGCAGCCUGGGAGCUAAAGCAGACAAAGGGGUUUUUUGGUCUUUGAUUUAAUUACAGUUCAAUGCUGGAACAAGUACAGAAUUAUAUGUAUUAUUUCGGGAGUGAAGACAGGAACCCAGAACUUCUCUUCCCAGACUUUGAGCCUGUCACCAGUUAAUCCCUGCUUCAACAAUAGAAAACAUCUUGGCAGUUGGCUGUGAGAUAGCAGGAAGAGCUGGAAUGGCCAAAUGAAAUGUCAAAGCUCCCCCUCUUUUAGUGUGCAAAAUUACAAGCUAUCAGAGACCAUCUGCCUUUGAUAUGUGUGUCUGUUGUGAGAAAAAGAGGGAGCAAAGAAGAAUUUGCUUCAUCAUGGAAAGUGUUUUCUUGUCUGUUUCCUACCAAGCAUAAACUGGGACUUGGCUGGUUGUGACACCACUUAAACCUCUCAAAUAUAGCUGCUUGUAUAACUAA